UCGCUAGGUCGCUUGACUCGAAAAGUUGGAAAUAUCUCUCAAGCAACCAGCAGCCAGCAGCAGCAGAUCGCCCCCGCGGCUCCACACACACAUGCGCCCAAUCACCGGAUCCAUACUUCUCGUCGCAUUCACCCGAGCAAGCUUCGAUAACACAUCAGCAAUUUCGCACUUCUGUGACUCCCAGACCGUAGGCUACCCAAGUCAUCAUCAUCAGUGCUUGCCUGCCUCCAAGGUGACCUGCAUCAUCGACGUCGACCUAGCGACCUACUUCACAAAAAAGUUCGAGAUCACAAAAAUUCGGAUUGUCCGCGAGCGAGAGUGACGGCAUCGCCAGACCGGAAGCAA